AUGACUCUAGAAGGUGAGAUAGCCCCGUUGGAAGCGUGCUUUAGUUACAGUGACUACAUUGAAGCGUUCUAUCCAAAUGGGUGUGAAGUUGACAACUUGCAAAACGACAUGGAAUGUGAUAGUGUAGAUAUAGAUGUAAAUAUUAGUUCUGGACAAGAACAAUGUUGUAAACGUAAAAGGGGUCCAUACAGAGACUAA